CUUCGCGGUAAUUUCAGUCACGUCGAUCAUAUUUUCCAAAUGUCAUUAUCAAAAGUCACUCAAAUUAUUUCAUGAUUUCAAUUGUGUUCGCAAUAUUUUAAUUUGAAAUUCUUAAUAACUUCUAAAAUAAUUCCACAACCUUUGUGUAAACUAUAGGAAUUCGGAUUUAAUGUAAUAAGUUCAAUGCACUGAAAGUGAACUUUCCCUCCAGUUUAAUUUCCACGUCUACACCAAUUAAGAAAAGCAGGACGAUCUCAGAGGGCACCAAAAACUGAGUCCUACCACAACAUUUGCCGACUGGAUUGUACCAACUGCUGUGAGCAACACAAAGAUUCCAUCAGAGAAAGUCAUAAGUAUAUUUCAUUAGUCAGACCAUCAAAUGAAAUUGCACCACCGACUGGCGAGGCUUCUAUAAAAGCAGAAAUAUUCCCGUCACCGUUAACAGUUCAUUUCAGAGCUGAGACCUCGUCAUGCAUCUACAGGAACUGUUCUUGGUCGUAGCCGUGCUUUUGCCCCAAUGCUUGAGGGCCCUUCGCUAUAGUCAGGGCACUGGCGAUGAGAACUGUGAGACCCUCAAGUCCGAGAUACAUCUGAUCAAGGAGGAGUUCGAUGAGCUGGGGCGCAUGCAAAGAACCUGCAAUGCCGAUGUCAUAGUCAACAAAUGCGAAGGACUUUGCAAUAGUCAAGUUCAGCCCUCGGUCAUCACGCCAACGGGGUUUCUGAAAGAGUGCUACUGUUGCCGCGAAAACUUUCUCAAGGAAAAGGUGUUCACUCUGACCCAUUGUUACGAUGCGGACGGCACUCGUCUCACCUCCCCUGAGAAGGCUACCAUGGACAUUCGCUUAAGAGAGCCUACUGAGUGCAAGUGCUUCAAGUGUGGCGAUUUUACACGCUAAGCUUUACACAUUUGUAUGUCCAUACUACUCGCGAUACAUAAAAAUAAAGUUUCUAU